AUGGAAGGUCAAGGGGAAGAGAUCACGAAGAGUGACAAUGAAAGAAGGGAGGUUUCUUGGGAUGAUGAUCUUCCUAGUGAUCUCAUCAUGGAGAUAGUCUCGUGGAUUUCGCCUAAGGAUGCUCCUAGCAUGUGGAGCGUCUCCAAAAAAUGGAGUGAAGCUUUAUGGUCCACUUCUAUUGCGAAUCCCUGUAUCCUGUUUAUGUCACCGGACUCUCGUAACAGUACGAGACGGCUUUGGUUCCAUACCGUUCUUCAAAAUCAGCCAAUUCAAAAGUGGAAUGAAAACAAGAUCGAUAUGCCUCUGAUCGCUUGUCCCUUACAAUAUAUGUCCCCGCAGUCUGUUCGUGGUUGGAUUUGUUGUCACGACAAAAAAGGCAAAUCGGCCAUGUUAAACCCUACUAGGGGAGUAUAUAGGAUGCUACCGAAGGUACUCGAACUAGAUGCUUGUGCAGAAACGCAUUUCCAUCUAGGAUACGAUCGGGAAAGGCGUGUGUUUAAGGUAUUGUGCAUAAUUUCACGAGGAACCAGGAAGGGUCUUCGAAUCCUCAAUCUACGAGAUGAAAAUAUGCAUUGGAGUGAAGUUCACGACCCUAGUCAUGCUUUUGAAUCCCCUCCUCCUAGUGACCACUCCGCAAUAUGCUUGGAUGGAAAGAUUUAUUUGCCAUGCGACUACCCAUUCAAUAGAGUAGCUUGCUUCGACCUCCAGACAGAAAAGUUCGAGAUUAUUAAGGGAAUACCGGAUUGGAUCAAGGGUUAUGACAGGCUCAUAAAGGUAAAUGGAAGUGUAGCUUUUAUCAUCAGAGACACUCGUACAGGCACAAGUUCCAUAUGGACUCUAGACACAGCUACACGAACCUGGUCGAGACGCUACGUGAUUCCUCCGCUACCUCCACACUCUCCCAACACCACGUACACCUGUCUCGGUACCAUUGGAGGUACCAAUAAAUUUCUUUUAAUCCCUUCUACUCCUUUAACGGAGCCGCUCCAUAUGAUUUACUACGAUCCCGAAACAACAGAUACACCCCAGAAGAUUUUUAUCGACUGCCAAACCUCUCCUCCUUCUAGGCAUAUUGUCGCCAGCCUAGAUUUUUUGGAGACGCCAAACUUCAGGUCGAAGCUUGGAAAUUAG